UAAAUGGACAAUUUUUUCUCUCUCUGCUGCCGAAUGGCUUGCGGCCUGAAAAGCAGGCAAAAAUCCUUUAAAUGUUUCGAGGAAGCGCGGAGCUAGUGGAGUUCGCUGCGUGACUGCGCUGCCGGCGCUCCGUCAUGGCGUCCGUCAAGGCUGACGUUAGGAACGGCGAGAGGCCGCCGACUGAUUCCUCGUUGACGGGCGAACCCAGGCUGAUAGACGAUGAGGGCGACAUUCCCAAGGACUUCGAGCCCGGGGCGUCGAAGGACCCCAUCAUACUGUCGGUGGACUCUUCGUCCGACUUGGAGAGCCAAGUGUUCGCGCAGGGUGACGGCGGAGUGUCUCCGCGAUCGCGGUCCAAGAGUACCAUCAACGAGAUCGAGAGGUCCGCCUCGGAAGACGACGUGCCGUCAGUUCAGGGUCGUCCUCCAUCGGACGCUUCUGUUCAAGAGGUGGACGUGCCGUCAGCCGACGACGUGACCGAAGCUUCAACCGCUGCUGACCUGCUAGGUCCCGAGUUGGGUGCCCUGGCCGAGGACUGGGACAAUCAUGCCUGGCGGCAGCAAGACAAGCAUGUGUUUGUUCUUAGCGAUGCAGGGAAGCCAAUCUACUGUCGGCAUGGCAGCGAGGAGCAGCUUGCUGCACUUGCAGGAGUCAUGCAGGCCCUUGUCUCGUGCAUAGCCCUUUCUGGAGACCAGGUGCGGUACGUGCGGGCGGGUCGCCUACGGCUGGCCUUCCUGUUGCGGUUGCCGCUCAUCCUGGUGGCGGCCACCAGCCUGCCUCUCUCUCUGCAGCAGUUGCAGGCACAGCUUGUCUACGUCCAUGCUCAGAUCUUGUCGGUGGUGACGGCCAGCCAGCUGGAACGGGUGUUCAACCAGCGGUGCAACUUUGACCUGCGGCGGCUGCUGGCCGGGUCGGAGCGCUUCCUCGACUCCUUGUGCGACCUGAUGGAUCGCGACCCGAGCUUCCUGCUGGGCGCCGUCCGCUGUCUGCCCCUGGCACCUGCCCUUCGCGACCAGAUCACCCAGGCCAUGCUUAAGCAUUGCGCCAAGCACAAGAAGCUGGUGUUUGGCCUUCUGGUGGCAGAACAGCAGCUGGUGGCAUUGGUGGGCAUGCGAAAGUACCAGCUGCACCAUGUCGACCUGCAUCUGUUGCUGAACCUUGUGCACGCCUCAGAGUCGUUCAAGACGGCCGAGGCCUGGACGCCCGUCUGCCUGCCCAAGUUUGACCCCAGUGGGUUCCUGCACGCGCACGUGUCGUACCUGGCGGAGGGCAGCCCCGCCUGUCUGCUGCUCCUCACCGUGGACCGUGACCUGUUCUUUCCUCUCCAGGAGUGCCGCCGCAAGAUUGCCGAGAGCCUGCAGCGGAAGAACUGCCUGGAGGCCCUGAGGGAAGCGACUGUAAGCGGCGGCUACAGUGCGCGCGAGGCAGGCGUGCCCGAGCUCUACCACUUCCUCUACAAGAGCAAGAGCGGCGCGCAGCUGAGCAGUCCGCGGCUGGAGCCUCCGUACUCCAAGGACCCCGGGCGUCUGCUGGCCCUGUACCGGCUCCUGCACCAUCGCAUGUACCAGCCGGCCUGCCCACUCAAGAUCCUCUUCUGGGCCACGGGGAGGGAGACGCUCAUGGGAUGGCACAUGGCCGGAUUCGAGCUGUACGCAGCUUUUGAGCCGUUGGUGAGCAAAGACAUAGCGGUGCGUGCCAUGAGCAAGCUGCUGCACUGGAUCAAGCAGGAAGAGGAGCGGCUGUUCAUCAUGAGUUACGCCACCCUGUGAACAUUGCGUGGACAGACGCCAGUGUCUGAAGGUCUCGAGGCAGCUACUGCUGCUCAAUGUUCCUGGCCGGUGUCUCCAGCUUCGUAGGAACAGCGCAGUCAGCAUUUGUCAUCUAGUCUCCGCACACAUUGCUUGUGAUCAUUCCUGUGCAUCGUCACAUACAAAGACACAGAAGCUGACAGUUAUCUCCAGUCAGGCUCAUCUGAGUUUGUGUACUCGUGAGGCUGGUGCAAGCCGUGCUAGAUGCCAUAGCCAAGCUGGAUCUUGUGUCAUCGUCCUCUCAUGUGACGCUGUUCGGGAGAACGCAGUCUCGGCAGUACGUCAAACAUGGAGCACAAAACAAGCAAGACUGAUCAAGAAGCUUCAGUCUCUUUUGUGUCAGUACCUUUCGUCUGCCAGCAGAGGUGUCGUCUGCAGUUGCACCAUGUAGGGAAACAGUGGUGUACAGGGUAGAGGAUUAGAACUGACAUUCCUGAAAAGUUCUGUGUGGCAAUAGGAAGCCCGAUUCACCAAUUCCAGUUAUGUUGUCGCCACUGCCAGGAACUGUCUUCUGUGGUGAGCUGUGUUCUCAAAUGACGAGUGCAAAAAAUAAAAUGAACUGAUUAAAACUGAACUCUUUACCACAA